GGCCGAGAAAGAGCCGAGAAUUUGAGGAGGGAGCCGGGAAAGGGUACGGAUGCCGGGAAGGGGAAGCAGGGGCAACGAUUGCCUUGAACUGGAGAGUUCAAUGGCUGAGAGUAGGCUCCGGGCUCCGGACCUAGGGGCUCAGCUAGGAGUUUCCAGUUGUCUGGGAAAAUGCCAGAAGAGCUCACCAGAUGCUGGGAGGCAGCCCUUUUCUGGAAAGUCCUUUUACUUGGAUCUGCCCGCUGGCAAGAACCUCCAGUUUUUGACGGGGGCCAUCCAGCAGCUGGGUGGGGUAAUUGAGGGUUUUCUGAGCAAAGAAGUAAGUUACAUCGUGUCCAGCCGCAGGGAGGCGAAGGCCGAGAGCAGCGGGACAAGUCACAGAGGCUCCCCCAGCCCCAGCGAGGUCACAGUGGAAACACUGUCCGUAGCCAACCCAAAAGGCAGCCGUGCCAGGCCCGCACAGAAAGCCGUGGACUCGGUGCCUCUGAGCAGAGGGAAGGAGCUCCUGCAGAAGGCCAUCAGAAACCAGGGCAGCAGCGGCGGAGGCGGUGGCGGGCGCGGCAGCAGCCUCCUGAGCAACGCCCGCUCCUGGGGGGUGCGGAUUCUCCACGUGGAUGAAAUGAUGAUGCAUGUGCAGCAGCUGUCUCUUGAUGUGCCAUGUGUGAAGAAACAAGGGCCAAAGAAGCCAGAGGGAACAUGUCCAGCAGAGUCAAGAACACGGAAAGUGGCCAGACUGAAGGCACCGUUCCUCAAAGUCGAAGAUGAGAGCAGGAAGUUUCGUCCUUUCCACCAUCAGUUUAAAUCCUUUCCUGAAAUUUCUUUUCUGGGACCCAAAGACGCAAGUCCCUUUGAGGCCCCGACGACUCCAGGCAGCUCACACUAUACCAGAGAAGCCAAGGAUCAGGAGCCAAGCCGGCGAUCGGCCGCCUGCACGGUGCCCAGGAGGAAGAAGGGGUACUGCGAGUGCUGCCAAGAGGCCUUCGAGGAGCUGCGCAGGCAUCUUCAGAGCCCCCAGCACCGGGGCUUUGCCCUGGAAGCCCGCCCGUACGCCGAAGUGGAUCGGAUCGUCGCCCAGCUGAGCCACAGCUUUGCGGACAUCCCCUUCCAGGCCAGCCUCCCCGGACAGCCAGGCUCCUUGGCUUCUGAUUGUGACCCUCUGUGUCCUGAGACUCCGCCUCCCGGCCAGCCCUCCUAUCUCAGGGCAGCAUCUCCCAGGAGGAGGAAAGAAGACGACCACCAGGCCCCAGGUGCCUCAGAGCACGAUGGGACAGUGGGCGGCAUGAGAGCAGCAGCUGAACCUGUGGAGGCUGGCAAGAUACCUGGACCAAUAGCAAGCCACCAGGAGCCGGGAGGGUCGGCUGAUGUCUCUGUGGACCCCCGAGAGACACCAGUGUCCAGGAGCCCUGCUUACCAGUGCCUGCUGACCAGCUCUGGAUUUGCUGAACUCUCCUCUGGCCCAGACCUGGCACUUUUUGGCCACAAGCGGAAGGUUCAGUUCCCCAGUGGCAAUGCCGAGAAGAGGGCAGGGGUGUCCUGGCCACAGGCCUCAUUCUUCGUCCCGAGAGCCCCCAGCCCCUGUGGCACCAGGACAACCAGUGGCAAGCAUCUUCUCUCCCUUCCCCUUCCAGGCCAUGAGCCCGGGCCUCUGGCCUCCCUCCAGCCCGUUUGCCACCAGCAGACCUGCCUCUCCCUCCCGGGCCCCUUUCCCGGGCAGCCCACAGACAGGCCAGCAGAGUUCUGGGCCACACAGGCCCCCUGGCCUGGGGGAGGAUGGCCCCCAGGAUCUAAGGAUUCUGAGUGCGCAGCCUCUGGCCCUGUCUCCCAGCAGGCUGAGCAGCUCCCCAGCGGCCCCGCAGCUCCAGGCCAGCUGCCAGCCCUCCUGCACUCAGCUGCGGGCACACAGACCCCAGGAGGACCUGCAGAGAGCCAGGCUACCUCUCUGCCCCCGCCCCUUCCAGCCAGCGGGGGGGCCAGCCGCUCCCGAUGGUUCUGGACCCCCCAGCCUCUCCCUGUCUCCCAGUCCCAACCCCAGCCCAGUGCCAGCAGAGAACUACUCCUUUGAGUCCCUCCGGGCACGCAGCUCUGGGGCCAGACGGCUCCCGACUCAGGGCAAGUUACACCUCUGCUGAGUGCUGCACACCCAGCCCGGGCUGACCAGGCACACGGGGAGGACCUGCGCCCGGGGCCUGGCCCUUGAAGUCCACGUGAACAGCUGUGGUCAUGGCCAAGCUCUGUGGGGUUGACGGGGCCAGUCCUCCCACCCGCCAGGUCUUCAGGUGGGACCAAGAGGGUCUGGGCUGGGGGCUGCCCUCUCUCCUUCCUCCAGCCGUGGCUUGUGCAGCCAUGGCCAGCUGCCCAGGCCAGCAGGCAGAGGCAAGGUUGGCGUAGGGAGGGCCCACAGAGAAGCUAGAGCAGCAGGCGCCCUGGCCUGGCUUACCGUCCCUCUGCGGGCACUUGCUGUGCAGAGCCGAGAGGGUUAGUUGUCGGUGUUCCCCCCCCAGCAGCCUCCUUUCCCACAAGCAUGUGGCUCUCCUGCUUUCUGAGAUGCCUGCAUGUUGUCCCCUCCCCCAACCCCCCACGCUGGUGCACACAGAUCCUCAGGAACAUAUGAAGCAGAGGAGGGGCUCGGCUGCGCCACUUCCAGAGCUCCCUCCCUGCUGCACUUAGUGGGGGCCCAGCACUGACCUCUCCCCUGAGCCCAGGAUGUAGCCACAGCCCCCUCUGGGGACCCCUCUCAGUUCUUCCCUGCCGCUCAGCUCUGGCUGCCCACCCAGAGUUCGGUUCCAGGGUCAGUGGCUCACCUGCCAACUUCUGCAAUCACCCUCCUCCCUCUCUCCUUCCCCAAGGACCUCCCCCCAUUUCUUUCAGCCAAGCCAUUAAUCUGGAGACAGAGAUGAGUUUGCUAUCGAUU